AUGCUUGUUACCAGGCAGUUUGACACCACCGAGCAGAGCCACUGGUCCUACAGCAAAUUUGAGACUCCCCUCCACAAGGCCCCUUCCACUCCUCCACGCAUGUCGAACCAGUUCGAAGCUCCGUUGCCCACGCCUCCCGAGUGGCAAGGGCAGCAGUACUCUUACCUCCCAGGGCCGGAAAACAACGUCUUCUCCCAGGCGUACGGAGCUGGCAAUGAGACUUCGGAUGCGUCGCAACCUCGCACUGCAACCGGCGCCCCUGCACAAGUAGAGAUCCAGACGAAGCAAGAACCUGGUCUGGAAAACCGCGGAACAGCAGACCCCCUUGGACUUCGUCAAGUGAAGCAGCCCACUCCGGAAGACGAGCCAGAGGACAGACAGCAGCAACAGCAACAGCAGGAACAGCGACAGGCAUCGCAGUCCUUGGAGAAGACCGCAGAGUCGGUAUCUCAGGAAUCUCCGGCGUCGACAGAUAUGCAGGGUCAGACAAUGAUCUCAAACCCGGCUUCAUCAACAGAGCUCGGUGCCGAUGUGUCUGCAUCCCAGAUGGACAAUGAUGAGGGUAGCUUGAGCAAGGACGAGGACGACGACGUGCUUGACGAUGAUGAUAUGCUCGACGACGGCGAUGGAACCCCACAGACGGCCGCAGAGCGGACAGCAGCCCGGAGGAAGAUGAAGCGUUUCCGUCUCACACACCAACAGACGAGAUUCCUCAUGAGUGAAUUUGCUAAGCAGCCUCACCCUGAUGCCGCCCACAGAGAACGUCUGUCAAGAGAGAUCCCCGGCCUGAGCCCCCGUCAAGUACAAGUCUGGUUCCAGAACCGCCGUGCGAAGAUUAAGCGUCUUACAGCCGAUGACCGUGACCGCAUGAUCAAGAUGCGUGCGGUCCCCGACGACUUUGACAAUGUUCAGGCUCUUCACUCCCCCUACGGCGCGGUCCACGGUCUCAACACUCCUAUGUCGUCCCCCAUGAACUUUGGAACACAGUCAUACGCCGACCACAUGAUUCGUCCUUUGAUGGUCGACGUCCGCAGGGCAGAGGGUGGCGAGGAGCACAUGUCGUCUACGGGACUCAGCCCUGGAUUUGGAAGCAUCGGAUUCACUCCCCCGGGAACCAUGAGCAGCCCAGAUAUCCUGUCUCCCAUGACACCCAACUCGACCGGCGACCACCGCUACGGAUACGGCAGCCACCUGUCGCCCAUGGGCCCCGGUCCCCGAACCUCAAACCCCUUUGCGCGACAGGGUGCCCUCGAGAACUCCAUGUCCAUGCACCGCGGCCAGCCCAGCCGACCUCUCCAGCCUCUCCAGCUCCGCGAGACCAUGAACCGGUCAAGGUCGGACCUCAACUCUCCUCUCCGCUCCAGCAUGUCCUGGAAGGGCGACGCGAUCGACUACAGCACAUACCACCACGGAGCUGGCGGCAGCCCUCAGCUGAGUGGAAGACAGCAGUCGGUCUACCAGCCAGAGCAGAUGAGCGGCCCCUCAAGCAGCGGCCUCCCUUACGAGUCAAGCUCUUAUUCCAGCAACAACUCACCUCCCGGCAUGAACUACUCGAGCUUCCCCGGCGGCCCACCAAACCGCCUCCGCGCCCGCGCCUCAUCAGGAACCCUCGGCCUCGACCUCCGCAACCAGUACCGCUCCGUUGGCUCCGUCCCGCCCCCUGGCCACUCCCCGGCCCCUCGCGCCACCUCGGCCCAGUUCGCCUACACCUCCAGCUUGCCCUCGGCCCCGCUCACCGCGCCCGUCGACUUCUCCCUGCCCCGCACGCCCGGCGCCCGACCCGGCGGUGUCCAGGACUAUUCGAUGCCGCAGAUGAGCGCGCCCAUCGCAGCGCCCAACGAUUUCUCGCAGGCCUUCCACGCCAGCAUGAACACCUCCAGCUCGAGGACGCCCAUGCGCGACACCUUUGGCGGCGGCGGCCCGAUGCCGCCUCAUCAGCACCAUGGUGCCCACAAUGGCGAGUACGCACAGCAGCAGCAGCAGCAGCAUCAACAUCACCAAGAACAACAGCGUGGAGGAGACGAGUACGGACACGAAUUCGGUGCGCUGAAGAGGAAGAGAAGCUUCUCAAGCGGAGCACCGGCCGGACCUGGACCCGCACCCGGACCGCAGGCGUACGGGAGCACAGCAUAA